AUGUCUCGACGGGUGGUCCAGGUCCAGCCGGAGAGCAGUGUUCAUGAGGCAGGUCAGUGGAGCACUGGGCUGUGCGAGUGCCAUAAAGACGUAGGGGACUGCUGCUUUGCCCUUUGCUGCCUCCCAGUGUUUACCUGUAAGGUGACCAGUGCAGUGGGUGCGUGUCCCUGCCUGCCUCUGCUGGACUGUAUCGGCUGUGUUCCGCCGGCCUCUCUCGCCAUGAGGGCUUCUGUCAGAGAACGAUAUGGUAUACAGGGGAGUGUGUGGAGCGACUGCCUGUACGGCUGCUGCUGCUAUCCGCUAUCUUGGCUCCAAAUCUCCAGAGAGCUGAAGAGAAGAGCAGCAUCCCACGCCUCCACCUCCUCCUGCAGAGCUAGAUACACCACUCUGACCUCCCUGCAGGGGGAGCACUUGGUCUAG